GUCACGGGUUUUCAGGCGCUGAGCUCCUGGAGACAGCCUGCCGCGGGGCCUCGGGUCGGCCUUCCCGCGCUCCGGGAGCCCGCUCGGCGGCGCGAUGAGGCGCAGCAAGGCCGACGUGGAGCGGUAUAUCGCCUCCGUGCAGGGUUCCGCCCCGUCGCCGCGAGAGAAGUCAAUGAAAGGAUUCUAUUUUGCGAAGCUGUACUACGAAGCUAAAGAAUAUGAUCUUGCUAAAAAAUACAUAUCUACAUAUAUUAAUGUGCAAGAGAGGGAUCCCAAAGCUCACAGAUUUUUGGGUCUUCUCUAUGAAGCUGAAGAAAACACAGACAAAGCUGUUGAAUGUUAUAAGCGUUCAGUGGAAUUAAAUCCAACACAAAAAGAUCUUGUGUUGAAGAUUGCAGAAUUGCUUUGUAAAAAUGAUGUUACUGAUGGAAGAGCAAAAUACUGGGUUGAAAGAGCAGCUAAACUUUUCCCAGGAAGUCCUGCAAUUUAUAAGUUAAAGGAACAGCUUUUAGAUUGUAAAGGUGAAGAUGGAUGGAAUAAACUUUUUGACUUGAUUCAGUCAGAACUUUAUACAAGACCUGAUGAUGUCCAUGUGAAUAUACGACUAGUGGAACUGUAUCGAUCAAAUAAAAGAUUGAAGGAUGCUGUGGCCCACUGUCAUGAGGCAGAGAGGAACAUAGCUUUGCGUUCAAGUUUAGACUGGAAUUUGUGUGUGGUGCAGACCCUUACGGAAUAUCUGGAGUCGUUACAGUGUUUGGAAUCUGAUAAAAAUGACUGGCGAGCGACCAAUAAAGACUUACUUCUGGCUUAUGCUAACCUUAUGCUACUUACACUUUCCACCAGAGAUGUUCAAGAAAGUAGAGAAUUACUGGAAAGGUUUGAUAGUGCUCUUCAGUCUGUGAAAUCCUCUGUAGGUGGAAAUGAUGAACUGUCAGUUACUUUCUUAGAAAUGAAAGGACAUUUCUACAUGCAUGCUGGUUCUCUGCUUUUGAAGAUGGGUCAGCAUAGUGAGGUGCAAUGGCGAGCUCUCUCUGAGCUGGCAGCAUUGUGCUAUCUCAUAGCAUUUCAGGUCCCGAGACCAAAGAUUAAAUUAAUAAAAGGAGAAACUGGACAGAAUUUACUGGAAAUGAUGGCCCAUGAUCGUCUCAGCCAAUCAGGGCACAUGCUGCUGAACUUAAGUUGUGGCAAGCAAGAUUUUUUAAAGGAGGUUGUGGAGUCUUUUGCCAAUAAAAGUGGACAGUCUGCCCUGUAUGAUGCUCUGUUUUCUAGUCAAUCACCUAAGGAGAGAUCUUUGCUUGGUAGUGAUGAUAUUGGAAACAUUGAUGUACAAACUCCAGAGCCUGGUGAUUUGGCUAGAUAUGAUGUUGGUGCUAUUCGAGCACACAAUGGUAGUCUUCAGCACCUUACUUGGCUUGGCUUGCAAUGGAAUUCACUGCCUGCUUUACCUGCAAUUCGAAAAUGGCUGAAACAGCUUUUUCAUCAUUUGCCUCAAGAAACCUCACGACUUGAAACAAAUGCACCUGAAUCAAUAUGUCUUUUAGAUCUUGAAGUAUUUUUACUUGGAGUAAUAUAUACCAGCCACUUACAAUUAAAGGAGAAGUAUAAUUCUCACUGCAGCUCCUAUCAGCCAUUGUGCUUGCCACUUCCUGUGUGUAAACAACUUUGUACAGAAAGACAAAAAUCUUGGUGGGAUGCAGUCUGUAACCUAAUUCACAGAAAGGCAAUACCUGGAACUUCAGCAAAAUUACGACUUCUGGUUCAGCAUGAAAUUAACACUUUAAGAGCCCAGGAAAAACAUGGCCUUCAACCUGCUCUGCUUGUAUACUGGGCAAAAUGCCUUCAGAAAACAGGCAGCAGUCUUAAUUCUUUUUAUGAUCAACGGGAAUACAUAAGCAGAAGUGUUCAUUAUUGGAAGAAAGUUAUACCAUUGUUGAAGACAAUCAAAAAGAAAAGCAGUAUUCCUGAACCUACUGAUCCUUUGUUUAAACAUUUUCAUAGUGCAGAUAUUCAGGCAUCUGAAGUUGGUGAAUAUGAAGAAGAUGCACAUAUAACUUUUGCUAUAUUGGAUGUGGUUAAUGGAAAUAUAGAAGACGCUCUGACUGCCUUUGAAUCUAUAAAAAGUGUUGUUUCUUACUGGAAUCUUGCACUGAUUUUUCACAGGAAAGCAGAAGACAUUGAAAAUGAUUCCCUUUCUCCUGAAGAACAAGAAGAAUGCAAAAAUUAUCUGCGAAAGACCAGGGACUACCUAAUAAAGAUUUUAGAUGACAGUGAUUCAAAUCUUUCAGUGGUCCAGAAAUUGCCUGUGCCACUGGAGUCUGUAAAAGAGAUGCUUAACUCAGUAAUGCAGGAACUUGAAGAUUAUAGUGAUGGAGGUCCUCUUUAUAAAAAUGGUUGUUUGCGAAAUGCAGAUUCAGAAAUAAAACAUUCUACACCAUCUCCCACAAAAUAUUCUCUAUCACCAAGUAAAAGUUACAAGUAUUCUCCCAAAACACCUCCUCGAUGGGCAGAAGAUCAAAACUCUCUAUUGAAAAUGAUCUGCCAACAAGUAGAGGCCAUUAAGAAAGAAAUGCAAGAGUUGAAACUAAAUAGCAGUAACUCAGCAUCCCCUCAUCGGUGGCCCGCAGAGAAUUAUGGACCAGAUCCAGUGCCUGAUGGGUAUCAAGGAUCACAGACUUUUCAUGGGGCUCCAUUAACAGGGUCCGGUUUAUGGCAUGAAAGGCUUCCACCACAACAGCAUAUUUAUGCCUAUUCACAACAGAUGCACACACCACCAGUGCAAAGCUCAUCUUCUUGUAUGUUCUCUCAGGAAAUGUACGGUCCUCCGUUGCGUUUUGAAUCUCCUGCAACAGGAAUUCUGUCACCCAGGGGUGAUGAUUACUUUAAUUACAAUGUUCAGCAGACAAGCACAAAUCCCCCUUUACCAGAACCAGGGUACUUCACAAAGCCUCCAGUUGCAGCUCAUGCUUCAAGAUCUGCAGAUUCUAAAGUUUUAGAAUUUGGAAAAACUAAUUUUGUUCAGCCCAUGCCGGGUGAAGCAUUACGGCCAUCAUUGACAACACCGGCGCAUACAACACAGCCAACUCCUUUUAAAUUUAACUCAAAUUUCAAGUCAAAUGAUGGUGACUUCACAUUUUCUUCACCACAGGUUGUGACGCAACCCACUUCUACACCUUAUAGUAACAGUGAAAGCCUUUUAGGUCUCCUGACUUCAGAUAAACCUUUGCAAGGAGACAGCUAUAGUGGACCAAAACCAGUUCCUGGUCAAACUGUUGGGCCUCGAAAUACAUUCAGUUUUGGAAGUAAAAAUGUUUCUGGAAUCUCAUUUACAGAAAACAUGGGACCAAAUCAGCAAAAGAGUUCUGGUUUUCGUCGAAGUGAUGAUAUGUUUACUUUCCAUGGUCCAGGGAAAUCUAUAUUUGGAGCACCUGCUCCAGAACCGACAAAUAAGAGUCAUGAAACAGAUGGAGGAAGUGCCCACGGGGAUGAUGAUGAUGAUGGUCCUCACUUUGAGCCUGUGGUACCACUUCCUGAUAAAAUUGAAGUAAAAACAGGUGAGGAAGAUGAAGAAGAAUUCUUCUGCAACCGUGCAAAAUUGUUCCGUUUUGAUGGAGAAUCCAAAGAAUGGAAGGAACGUGGGAUCGGCAAUGUAAAAAUACUAAGGCAUAAGACAUCUGGUAAAAUUCGACUUCUAAUGAGACGAGAACAAGUAUUGAAAAUCUGUGCAAAUCAUUACAUCAGUCCAGAUAUGAAACUGACACCAAAUGCUGGAUCAGACAGAUCUUUUGUAUGGCAUGCCCUUGAUUAUGCAGAUGAAUUGCCAAAACCAGAACAGCUUGCUAUUAGAUUCAAAACUCCUGAGGAAGCAACACUUUUUAAGUGUAAGUUUGAAGAAGCCCAAAACCUUUUAAAAGCCUCAGGAACAAAUGUAGCCAAAACACCAAAUCAGACCAUCAGAAUUGUAAAAGAACCUGCAAGUCAUGAGAACAAAGAUAUUUGCAAAAAUGAUGAUGGAAACCUGAAUUUUGAAUUUCAAGUUGCAAAGAAAGAAGGCUCUUGGUGGCAUUGUAACAGCUGCUCGUUAAAGAAUGUUGCAACUGCUAAGCAAUGUGUAUCAUGCCAAAAUCUAAACCCAAAUAAUAAUGAACUCAUAGGUUCAUCAUUAGUAGAAACUGGUUCUACUCCUAAAACUGGCCCAGAAAAUGCUCAAGAUAGAUUUGCAUCAAUGACUCCAAAGAAAGAAGGCCACUGGGACUGUAGUAUUUGUUUAGUAAGAAAUGAACCUACUGUAUCUAGGUGCAUUGCAUGUCAGAAUACAAAGUCUCCUAACAAAACUGGAUCUUCAUUUGUUCAUCAAAGUUCUUUUAAAUUCAGCCAGGGAGAUCUUCCUAAGUCUGUUAACAGUGAUUUCAGAUCUGUGUUUUCUGCAAAGGAAGGACACUGGGAUUGCAUUGUUUGUUUGGUAAGAAAUGAAGCAAGCUCUACAAAAUGUGUUGCUUGUCAGAAUCCAAGAAAACAGAGUCUGCCUACUACUUCUGUUUCAGAACCUGCCUCUUUUAAGUUUGGUACUUCAGAGAUCAGUGUAACUCCAAAGAGUGGAUUUGAGGACAUGUUUGCUAAGAAGGAAGGACAAUGGGAUUGCAGUGUGUGUUUGGUAAGAAAUGAAGCAAGCUCUGCAAAAUGUGUUGCUUGUCAGAAUCCAAGAAAACAGAGUCUACCUACUACUUCUGUUUCAGAACCUGCCUCUUUUAAGUUUGAUACUUCAGAAAUCAGUGUAACUCCAAAGAGUGGAUUUGAGGACAUGAUUGUUAAGAAGGAAGGACAGUGGGAUUGCAGUUCAUGCUCAGUGCGAAAUGAAGCAAAUGCUACAAGAUGUAUUGCUUGUCAGAAUCCUGCUAAGCCAAGUACAUCCACUUCUGCUGUUCCAGCUUCUGCUUCUUUCAAGUUUGGUACUUCAGAGAUAAGCAAGGUUCCAAAGAGUGGAUUUGAGGGAAUGUUCACCAAGAAGGAUGGACAGUGGGAUUGUAGUUUAUGCUUAGUACGAAAUGAAGCAAGUGCUACCCAAUGUAUUGCUUGUCAGAAUCCAAAUAAACAGAAUCAGCCUACAACUGUUACAGCACCUGCCUCUUCAGAGGUAAGCAAGGCUCCAAAGAAUGGAUUUGAAGGAAUGUUUGCCAAAAAGGAAGGACAGUGGGAUUGUAGUGUUUGUUUUGUACAAAAUGAGAGUACUUCUUUAAAAUGUGUUGCUUGUGAUGCUGCUAAACCAGCUCACAAACCUAUUGCAGAAGCUCCUUCAGCUUUCACAGUGGGCUCAAAAACGAAGAUAAAUGACUCUUCUGAAAGUCGUGUGGGGACAGGAUUUAAAGGUAACUUUCCAGAAAAAACUUCUAAAUUUGGCAUUACAGAGCAAGGAUUUAAAUUUGGGCAUGCGGAUCAAGAAAACACACCUUCAUUUACAUUUCAGGGUUCUUCUAAUACAGAAUUUAAGUCAAUAAAAGAAGGAUUUAGUUUUUCCAUCCCUGUGUCUGCUGAUGGGUUUAAAUUUGGCAUUCAAGAACAGGGAAAUCAAGAGAAGAAAAGUGGAAAGCACCUUGAAAAUGACACCAGUUCCCAGGCUCAGGAUGUUCAUAGUCAGAAGAGUAGCAGUGGUGUAAUUUUUGGUCAGACAAGCAGCACUUUUACCUUUGCAGAUCUUGCAAAGUCAACUUCAGGAGAAGGAUUUCAAUUUGGCAAGAAAGAUCCUAAUUUUAAGGGAUUUUCAGGUGCUGGAGAAAAAUUAUUCUCAUCGCAAAGUGGUAAAAUGACUGAAAAAGCCAGCACUUCUGCUGAUCUUGAGAAAGAUGAUGAUGCCUAUAAAACUGAGGACAGUGAUGACAUCCAUUUUGAACCAGUAGUACAAAUGCCUGAAAAAGUGGAACUUGUAACAGGAGAAGAAGAUGAAAAAGUUCUGUAUUCACAGCGAGUGAAAUUAUUUAGGUUUGAUGCUGAGAUAAGUCAGUGGAAAGAAAGGGGUUUGGGGAACUUAAAAAUUCUCAAAAAUGAAGUCAAUGGUAAACUAAGAAUGCUGAUGCGAAGGGAACAAGUAUUAAAAGUAUGUGCCAAUCACUGGAUAACGACUACGAUGAACCUCAAGCCUCUCUCUGGAUCAGAUCGAGCAUGGAUGUGGUUAGCUAGUGAUUUCUCUGAUGGCGAUGCCAAACUGGAACAGCUGGCAGCAAAAUUUAAAACACCAGAGUUAGCUGAAGAAUUCAAGCAGAAAUUUGAAGAGUGCCAGCGACUUCUGUUAGAUAUUCCACUUCAAACUCCCCAUAAACUAGUUGAUACUGGCAGAGCUGCCAAAUUAAUACAGAGAGCUGAGGAAAUGAAGAGUGGACUGAAAGAUUUCAAAACAGUUUUGACAAAUGAUCAAACAAAAGUCACUGAUGAAGGGAAUAAGAGUUCAGGUACAGAUGCUGCCAGUGCCUCAGACACAACAGUCAAGCCAGAUUCUGAAAACACUGGGCCCACUUUAGAGUGGGAUAACUAUGACUUAAGGGAAGAUGCUUUGGAUGAUAGUGUAAGCAAUAGCUCAGUACAUGCUUCUCCAUUGGCAAGCAGCCCUGUGAGAAAAAACCUCUUCCGCUUUGGUGAAUCAACAACAGGAUUUAACUUUAGUUUUAAAUCUGCUUUGAGCCCAUCUAAGUCUCCUGCCAAGUUGAAUCAGAGUGGGACCUCUGUUGGCACUGAUGAAGAAUCUGAUGUUACUCAAGAAGAAGAGAGAGAUGGACAAUACUUUGAACCUGUUGUACCUUUACCUGAUCUAGUUCAAGUGUCCAGUGGUGAGGAAAAUGAGCAAGUUGUUUUUAGUCACAGAGCAAAACUCUAUAGAUAUGAUAAAGAUGUUAGUCAGUGGAAAGAAAGGGGCAUUGGUGAUAUAAAGAUCUUACAGAAUUAUGAUAAUAAGCAAGUUCGCAUAGUGAUGAGAAGAGACCAGGUGUUAAAGCUUUGUGCCAAUCACAGAAUAACUCCAGACAUGACUUUACAAAGUAUGAAAGGGACAGAAAGAGUAUGGGUGUGGACUGCCUGUGAUUUUGCAGAUGGAGAAAGAAAAGUAGAACAUUUAGCCGUCCGUUUUAAACUACAGGAUGUUGCAGACUCCUUUAAGAAAAUUUUUGAUGAAGCAAAAACAGCCCAAGAAAAAGAUUCUUUGAUAACACCUCAUGUUUCUCGUUCAGGCACUCCUAGAGAGUCACCAUGUGGCAAAAUUGCUGUAGCUGUAUUGGAAGAAACCACAAGAGAAAGGACAGAUUUAAUACAGGGUGAUGAUGUACCAGAUGCAAAUUCAGAAGUUGGAGAAGUGUCUAGCACAUCUGAAACAACAACAAAAGCAGUGGUUUCUCCUCCAAAGUUUGUAUUUGGUUCAGAGUCUGUGAAAAGCAUUUUUAGUAGUGAAAAAUCAAAACCAUUUGCAUUUGGCAAUAGUUCAGCCACUGGGUCUUUGUUUGGAUUUAGUUUUAAUGCACCUUUGAAAAACCACAAUAGUGAAACCAGUACAGUAGUCCAGAGUGGAUCUGAAAGAAAAGUGGAACCUAACAAAUGUGAACUUUCAGAGAACUCUGAUAUCAAAAAAUCUUCAAAUGGCAAAGUCAAAAGUCUAUUUGCUUCCUUUCCAAAGGAGGAAUCUUCAACUAAUUACACAUUUAAAACACCAGAAAAGGCAGAAGAGAAGAAAAAACUGGAAGAUCCUCCCUCAGAUGAUGAUGUUCUCAUUGUUUAUGAACUAACCCCUACUCCUGAGCAAAAAGCACUUGCAACCAAACUGAAACUUCCUCCAACUUUCUUCUGCUAUAAGAAUAAACCAGAUUAUGUUAGUGAAGAAGAAGAGGAUGAUGAAGAUUUUGAAAUGGCUGUCAGGAAACUUAAUGGAAAACUCUAUCUGGAUGACUCAGAAAAACAUAGGCCAAUAGAAGAAAAUCCAGCAGUUUUAGAUAAUGAAAAAGAAUGUGUUAUUGUUUGGGAAAAGACACCAACAGUUGAAGAGAAAGCAAAAGCAGAUUCAUUAAAGCUUCCACCUACAUUUUUUUGUGGAGUUUGCAGUGAUACUGAUGAGGACAAUGGAAAUGGGGAAGACUUUCAAUCAGAGCUUCAAAAAGUUCAGGAAGCUCAGAAAUCCCAGAGUGAGGAAAUAACUAGCACAACUGACAGUGUGUAUACUGGUGGGACUGAAAUGACUGCAGCAUUUUUCUGUAAAUCUGAAGAACCUGAUUCUGUUGCCAAACCUAUUAGUUCAUCAUCUGUUUCCUCUGGAACUGUGGACAAACCUGUAGAUUUGUCUACUAGAAAGGAAAGUGAUACAGAAUCUACAAGUCAAGUAGAAAGUAAAACAGUUUCAUUUGGAUUUGGAGGUGGUACAGGACUGUCAUUUGCAGAUUUGGCUUCUAGCAAUUCUGGGGAUUUUGCUUUUGGUCCUAAAGAUAAAAAUUUCCAGUGGGCAAAUACUGGAGCAACUGUGUUUGGAACACAAUCAACCAGUAAAGCUGGUGAAGAUGAAGAUGGUAGUGAUGAAGAAGUAGUUCAUAAUGAAGAUAUUCAUUUUGAACCAAUAGUGUCAUUACCAGAGGUAGAAGUAAAAUCUGGAGAAGAAGAUGAAGAAAUUUUGUUUAAAGAGAGAGCUAAACUUUAUAGAUGGGAUAGAGAUGUCAGUCAGUGGAAGGAGCGGGGUGUUGGAGAUAUAAAGAUUCUUUGGCAUACAAUGAAGAAUUACUAUCGGAUCCUAAUGAGAAGAGACCAGGUGUUUAAAGUGUGUGCAAACCAUGUUAUCACCAAAACAAUGGAAUUAAAACCCCUAAAUGUUUCAAAUAAUGCUUUAGUUUGGACUGCUUCAGAUUAUGCUGAUGGAGAAGCAAAAGUGGAGCAACUUGCAGUGAGAUUUAAAACAAAAGAAAUGGCUGAGUCUUUUAAGAAAAAAUUUGAAGAAUGUCAGCAAAAUUUAUUAAAACUCCAGAAAGGACAGGUGUCUCUGGCAGCAGAGUUAUCAAAGGAGACAAAUCCUGUGGUAUUUUUUGAUGUUUGUGCGGAUGGUGAACCUCUGGGACGUAUAACCAUGGAAUUAUUUUCAAACAUUGUUCCUCAGACUGCUGAGAACUUCAGAGCACUGUGCACUGGAGAGAAGGGCUUUGGUUUUAAGAACUCCAUUUUUCACAGAGUAAUUCCAGAUUUCGUUUGCCAAGGGGGAGAUAUCACCAAACACGAUGGAACAGGAGGACAGUCCAUUUAUGGAGAUAAAUUUGAAGAUGAAAACUUUAAUGUGAAACAUACCGGUCCUGGCUUACUCUCUAUGGCCAAUCGAGGCCGGGAUACUAAUAAUUCUCAAUUUUUUAUAACAUUGAAAAAAGCAGAACAUUUGGACUUUAAGCAUGUAGUAUUUGGGUUUGUUAGGGAUGGCAUGGAUACUGUGAAAAAGAUUGAAUCAUUUGGUUCUCCCAAAGGAUCUGUUAGUCGAAGAAUUAGUAUCAUAGAAUGUGGACAGAUAUAAAAUCAUUGUUUUUCAUAGUAAAUUUUAAUCUGUAUAAGCAGUCUAAUUGAAGCUUAGCUGUUACAGACAAUAUGGUAAUUAUGUUCAGCUUUUGAAAAUGAACGUUUCCAAUGUAUAAAUGUAAAAUUGCAGCUUAUAGCUGUUGUCACUUUUUAAUGUGUUAUAAUUGACCUUGCAUGGUGUGAAAUAAAAGUUUAAACACUGGUGUAUUUCAGGUGUACUUGUGUUUAUGUACUCCUGAUAUCUGUAUUAAAAUGGAAUAAUAAUUAAUCUUGUUAUAAGCAAUAGAACUUUGCAGACUAUUGAAGGAAUAUGAUAUAUGCAGCUUAAUUUUAGUUCCUUUAGAGAUAUAUUUGGACUUUUUGCAUGGAUAUAUUUACCAUUUGAAUAAAGGGACCACAACUUGGAUAAUUUAAUUUUAGAUCUGAAUUAUAUUUGGUAAUCUUAACUAUUGGUGAGUUCCCUUGUGCAUAGAGAUUCGUUUAUGAAUGGAUAGAGCCACAGAAGAUAUUUAACCAAAGUGCUCUUCAAUAAUCUUUACACCUCCUGUAUAGUUACAAAUUAAAUUUUAGAGCACCCUCUUUUCUUAAAAUCUGUAGCUUCCUGUGCCCUUUCAAAGGUAUUGAUUUUACAUUUGAAACAAGUUGACUAUUAGUUUUUUGUUUUUUUUUUUUUAACUUUUCUGUCAUCUGUCUCUACUACCUCAGAAAUUUCAGCUUGGUCCUGAUGAUAGAAUUGAAUUUUUUCUUGCCGCUAUUGUGAUAAAGUAUGAAUAUUUUCAAAAAGGUCUAUACGAUGUUAUUUGGUUAAAGAUUUGCUUUAUACUAGAUUGUUGCAGUACCUUUUUCUGAUGAAUUUUGUAGCAGAAAUAAAGUGACAAUUGAUAAUAGCCAUGACAUUUUAAA